CGUCACACUGAGGUGAUUAAAGGCUGCGCUGGGCCGCCUUGUCUGUCAGUUGGCGGCCGGAGCCCGGAAGUGGAACACGCGAGGAGGAAGGGAGGGAGGCCGCUCUAGGCGGAAAGAUGCUUCCCUCGCGGUCCUUCGGGCGGUUCCUCAAGAGGGCCGCCAGCCACCGCGGCGGGGAGAAACGCGUGCUGGUGGCUGGACUGGGGAACUACAGCCUGCGCGGCACCCGCCACAGCGUGGGCAUGGCGGUGCUGGGGCACCUGGCCCACCGGCUGGGCGUGGGCAACCAGUGGGAGACCAACCCACAGUGUCAUGCGGACCUGGCCUUCGCCCGGUUAGGAGAUGUGGAGCUGGUGCUGAUGAGGCCCCGCAGGUUCAUGAAUGUCAACGGACUCUCCGUCAUCGCUGCAGUGGAACUCUACAACCUGGGGGUUGAGAAUGUCUACCUGGUUCACGACGACCUGGACAAGCCCCUGGGGAAAGUCGCCCUGAAGCUGGGAGGCAGCACCAGGGGUCACAACGGGGUCCGUUCCUGCAUCAGCUCCCUGCACUCCGACCGCAUGGUCCGCCUCAGAGUGGGCAUCGGCCGGCCUGUGGGGGAAAUCUCCGUCGACCAUUACGUCCUCAGCCAGUUCUCCAUCACCGAGCAAAGCCUUCUGCCACUUGUCUACGAGAAGGCGGUCGAUACACUCCUCAGCCACAUCCGGCGGACUCACCAGAGCCAGGCAGACUCAACCUCUGCCAAGAAAGCGGCCAAAGCCCCCCUCAAGACAGAGGAGACGUAACCAUAACUAGUGCUUUGUGCCUUGUGACCAGAAGAAAGCAGUCCUCUGGGGUUUUUGCUUGUCGUUUUUUAGGGACAGAGUGGAUGGUGGUUUGCGUGUUGUGAACAUGCCUGAGAUUGCUAGGGAUAAUACAGUUGGGGACCGGAUCUGGAACUGACAGUGUCUGGGAAGGGAGGGGAAAAUAGAUAACUUGUUUGUCUCCCAUCCAAGCUGUCCCUGCUUUGCUCCCAAGACCAGGCAGGAUCUGGUACCUUUAGGGUACUUGCGUCACAGGCUCACAGGUGACCUUACCUGUUAUUCUUUCAAGUGAUAAGGCAUCUCCUUGGCUUACUUGAAAGUCCAAGUCUGCGAUUGCCAGUUUCUUGAGCCACAUCUGAAUGUUGUUUACUCACGCUGCCCCUUUUAAGGACACAUCCUAGGCUGAAAGAAGGGCCCCAAGACACCCAACAGAGCCCUUGCUUUGUCUGCAGGUGAGGCUCUUAUCUCAGAGCCGUGGGUUCAAAUAACAGGGAGGGAGACUCCACCUGAACACUGGCCAUAAAAAGAGCUGUUCAACGGUGGAACUCUCUGCCUCAGGGUCCUGCAAAGGCUUUUAAACAGUGGCUGGAUGGCCAUCUGUUGGAAGGGCUUUGUGCUUUUUCUGCAGGUCAGAAACAAAGGGGUUGGACUAGAUCAGUGGUUCUCAACCUGGGGUCCCCAGAUGUUUUUGGCCUACAACUCCCAGAAAUCCCAGCCAAUUUACCAGCUGUUAGGAUUUCUGGGAGUUGAAGGCCAAAAACAUCUGGGGACCCCAGGUUGAGAACCAUUGGACUAGAUGGUCCUUGGGAGUCUCUUCCAAUAUGUUUAAACUUUCAGAAUUGCAAGUUUUAGCAUCAACUCUUAGUGGAAAAAUACAAUCAUUACAGUAGCGAAUUGCUUACUCAGAGUAGUUGCUACCAACCGAAGUUUGUGUGUGUGUGUGUCAGGAACUGCAAGUUGCUUCUGGUGUGACAGAAUUGGCCAUCUGCAAGAACACUGCCCAGGGGACGUUGCCUGGAUGUGUUACCAUCCUGUGGGAGGCUUCUCUCAUGUCCCCGCAUGGGAAGCUGGAGCUGACAGAUGGGAGCUCACCCCACUCCCCGGAUGUGAACUGCCUACCUUUUGGUCAGCAGUCCUGCUGGCACAAGGGUUUAACCCAUUGCGCCUUUGGGGGCUCCUACUAACCAAAGUAACAAAUUGCUUAUUCAAAGUA